GUUUGCCAGUAAUCAAGCCAGAGCCAGACAUUCGCAAAAACAUUCUCUGAAGAGACUGAGAGUUGAGUGUGUUUUGGGUAUUUUAAAUCAUUGACAACAUAUGAAAAGUUGAUAAUUUUGACUCUUUUAUAGAAGAUAUCUAAAAUUAGCCUUUAAGAUGGGGGACUUGAACCAGUGGUUCAAUAGUUUACCUCCCAUGACAAGGUAUUGGUUUGGAGGUACAGUUGCCUUCUCCUUACUUGGCCGUUUUGGAAUCUUACAGCCACAUUGGCUCAUUCUACAUUAUGAUCCUCUCUUCUACAGCUUCCAGAUUUGGCGGCCAGUGACAGCACUCUUCUUCUACCCCAUCACACCCGCCACUGGAUUCCACUUCCUCAUCAACCUCUACUUCCUCUAUAAUUACUCUUUGAGAUUGGAAACAGGUCUAUUUUUGGGCCGAACGGCAGACUACUUGUUUAUGCUGCUGUUCACGUGGCUGUGCUGCGUCGUUGUAGCACUCAUGGGCAACAUAAUGAUGCUCAUGGAUCCCAUGGUGAUGUGCGUGCUGUACGUGUGGUGUCAGCUCAACCAGGAGACCAUCGUCUCCUUCUGGUUUGGCACGCAAUUCAAAGCCAUGUACUUGCCGUGGGUGCUGCUUGGCUUCAACCUCAUUGUGGCUGGAGGGGGCCUUAUGGAGUUUGUGGGCAUCUUGGUCGGUCAUCUCUACUUCUUCCUGGCGUUCAAAUACCCGCAAGACUUUGGCGGCGCCUCUCUGCUCAGCACGCCACAGAUUUUGUACGAUUACUUCCCAAACCAGCGAGGCGUCAUGUCAGGCUUCGGUCAAGCGCCCCAAGCUCCUCCUGCUGGGGGCAACGGCAGAGGAGGUGGUGGUGGUGGGGGAGGAGGAGCGUGGUUCAGAGGACAAGGUCACACGCUGGGAUGAAAUUUACCAGACAUUUCAAAGUAAUUUUUGUCAAGAUUAUUUGGUACAGCCAUAGUUGGAUGAACAUUAAGUGGAGAACAUUUGGUUAUGAAAGCCUUCAGAUAGAUAUUCAAGGUUGAAUGUUUAUUUUAACAUCUCACGUUGUGUUUGAUUUGAGCACUUGAUUGCUUAAGCCUUUUCUAGGAACGUUGAGUUGCUGGUUAUGCUUGACGUCACUGGCUGUCGAUUCUUGUUAUCCCAACCCCUCAAAGCUCGCAUGUAUUUAGGAAUUUUAUAUUGAUGGAUUUAUAUCAAGCAUAAUGCCAAUGGGCAUUUCUACCCCGCACUUGCAGACACGGUACCUGAUAUUCUUGAGUAUCUUCACUUUAUAUGUCCCCCAGUUAGGCCACCUUAGUUCCUCUAGAAUUAUCUACUAAAUACUUUGCUAAUUCUAGCAAUUUGAUUUUUAUUGUGCGAGUCCUUCAGUUAUCGGUGGUUUUUCUAGGACGGCGUUGAAUGCCAAUAUCGAGAAUGUCGUUUUGCCACAUAUCCCAUUUGAUUUUAUUUAAGGGAUAUAGCAGCCCAGUAAUUGCUUAUUCACUCAGUGUUGUGUGAUACUUAUUUGCGCGUGCAAAUUUUUUCAUUUCUGCCGAUUCGAUUGAUUGCCAUUGCGUUGAUGUCAGUCGUCGCGCACCUGAGUCUAUACAGGUGCUUCCCGUUGUGCUCGACGCUCGAAUGAAAGCUCGAGACGCAGAAGUCUUGUGCCGCCUGGAGUAUUUUGAUCAUGGGGAUCGUUGCUUUUACAGCAACUAACCCGUUUACUGAUUUUUUACCGUCGUUGCAAAAAUGACUCGUUUCCUUAUAUUUGGUACGUCUAAUAGCCCAUGUCUCACUGU